UGCUUUCCUCUUGUCAACAUCUAAGAACAUCUAAGAAGGAUGAUUGAGGAUGGACUUGGAAUGGAGGAGGUUCUCUCUUGAAGCCCAAAGACAAUCCAAACAUCUCCAUAAAGCAUUUGUUGGUUUGAAGAGAGAUCACUCCCAUGGCAAAAAUAAAGGGGUUCUUUAAAGGGAUUAAGUAUUUUUCCCAAAUCUUUGUUGCUAAAGAACAUGAGAUGGAGAUUGGGCACCCAACAAAUGUUAGACAUGUUGCUCAUGUGGGUUGGGACAAUGCAUCAGUGCAUGCUCCAAGCUGGAGUUCAAGCCAUCAUCUGAUUUCUCUUCAACAACUGUUGGGAAACUUUGCUGGUGCUUCUAGAGAAUCCUCAUGGGCUUCUGAAGAUUUUGAUCAACCAAGAGGACUUCAACAACUUUCAUUGAUGUUCAAGGGUGAUAAUUCUAAGCCAGAAAUCCCAAGACCUCCUAAGAUGAGAAAGAGGAAGAAGACCAAAUUCUCAUUUCCUUCAUCAUCAACAAGAUCCUCAUCAAAGCCAUGAACAAAAAGUUCAGUUUUCAUUUUGAGAGAAACUGUUUCUAGUUUAAAUUCCCCCAAGUAAACUCUCUUUUGUUCAUUUAU